UGUGUGGGUCAAUGCACUUGCAAUGAAAAUGAACAGCCUAGCUCUUUCGGUGCGCCCGACUUUUCCCUGGCCACUGCCUGAAAUUGGACAAUUUCGACGGCCAGGCGGCAGGCAAUCGCUUGGACUCAUUAUGAGUGACAAACGGUUCGUCUCUGGCGGUUCCAGUUUAUUCAACUCCAGCAUCGACUUCGGGAUCGCUGUUACAUUAACAUUAUUAUGCGCUCUGGUGUGUGCAUACAUGUGCCCAUGCAGUCUAGUUUGUCUCGUUACAUAUUUAUUUCUCGUGUGGGAAACUAGUUUUCUCCCAGCCAACCAGGCUCCGGGCUGGUUUGUUGUUGGCCAUUGAUGGCGGAGACUUCCGAGCUUCCGUUUCGAGCACGUAGCGCCAGUAUAAAUGAAUUGGCUAGCUGCAAGGAGGCCUCACUUCGUGUGAGAUCUCUAAAAGUGAAGGUGGUCAAAUUGGAGUACUGCCUAUGAGAAGUCGAAAGUGAUUCGUUCGUUCAGAGCUAUUGGAAUUAUAUUGGACAUGAAUAGUUUAUUGGUUCUGAUCUUGGUCGCCUUUUGCUGCAGUGUGGUCGCCAAGCCUCCUGCGGCUCGGCGAGCACAACUGCACGACGAUGUCCAGCUCAUCCAUCCCCACAUCAUUACCAUAGAGCGUUUAGAGAACCUGCUCCGUCGUGCUGGCGAAAUCUUUGGGCCCGCUCUGGAGGAAGAUGCCAUGGCGGAGGCCAGUAGUCAGGUGCAGGAGCAAGUGCAGCCCCAGCAGCGACUGCUGCCACCCACGGAGCAGCCGUAUAACUUCUACUUGCCGCUCUUCGACUAUGUGGAGCCCAAGCUGGAUGCCAAGAGCCGGAUGAUGGAGAAGAUUGCUCCUCCGCCGCAGAAGUCAGAGCACAACUACUACGCGGACAAGCCAAAGAAGAAGCCAAAGAAGUUCAAUGCGGCCAACAAGCACAUCAACCUCAAUCUCAAGUGGCUAAACACCUACGAGAAGGCCAUGGGAGGAGCCACUGCCCCCAAGGCCAUGUAUCUCGAGCAGGACGAGCGCAACCGAAUAAAUUUCGAUGACUCCUUCUUUGCGGUGGACAUGCAGGUGAAAAUGCCGGACAAUCAGCCGCACAAGGAGUCGGCCUCGCCCGCAGAACUCCUGCAGCAUGGCGAGGAGCAGGCGGAGGAGGAUCUGAUGGCGGCUCCGGCGCAGUUAGCCUUCAACUUCAAAUCUCCCGUCCAGCACGAACGUCGCGCAUAGAUGGGAAUUGUUUUAUGUUAUAGGUUUUAGUCAGUUGUAUAAAAAUGCUACAAUAAAUGCACUGCGUGUGAGUAAAGGCUAAAUUAAA